CCAGGUUUCAAUCUGGCCCCAGUGGCUUUUUCUCUGAAAGGCAACGUGUGUCUUUUACACCAGGGCUUUCUCUCCACCCCAGGGGGUGUCUUCCAUCCUUUUGUGGCUCGGUUUAAGGCGAAAAGGGCUCCAAACCACCAACCACCCUGAGGAGUGCCCCCUUCGUCCACCUCCAGGGAGAAUUUCAGAUUUCAUUUAGCUGAAGAUAGCAUGCUGUCUUCUCACUUGUUUCCCACCAUUACGAGGACAACAAAACACCACCUUGGCUUCAAGAUCCUGGCUUAGAGGCGCACGGUCUUUUGCAACCAUCUUGGGAGAGGCCUUGCUUCCUUCCACUCGAGCUAUGGGCUCUGUUCUGUUUUGUAUUUUUUUUUUCUCUUUAGAAGCUACUAAAGGGUGUUGGGGCUACUUCUGACUAUUAUGAAGUCCAAAAGGCCUGUUGGCUGGGGCUGCUUUUAACCCUUUCCUAUUUGCAGAGAAUGCAACCGUGCGACAGUAACUGAACAGUGGUCCACAGUCUUUCCAAAGGGUCAAGGUUCAAAAGAACAUCUGAUCAAAUUCAUGACCAUGGGGGAUAUGAAGACCCCGGACUUCGAUGACCUCCUGGCGGCGUUUGACAUCCCGGACAUGGUGGAUCCCAAAGCAGCUAUCGAGUCUGGACAUGAUGACCAUGACAGCCAUAUUAAGCAGAAUGCUCACGGUGACGAUGACUCGCACACACCAUCAUCUUCUGACGUGGGAGUUAGCGUGAUCGUCAAGAAUGUGCGCAACAUUGACUCCACUGAGGGUGUAGACAAGGAUGGCCACAACGCCACGGGCAAUGGCCUGCACAAUGGCUUCCUUACGGCCUCUUCGCUCGACAGCUAUGGCAAGGAAGGGACCAAGGCCUUAAAGGGGGAUGUGCCCACUUCUGAGGUCACUCUGAAAGACUCCGCCUUCAGCCAGUUUAGCCCCAUCUCCAGCGCUGAGGAGUUUGAUGAUGAUGAGAAGAUUGAAGUGGAUGACCCCCCUGACAAGGAAGAUGGGCGCCCGGGUUUCCGGACUGCCCUGUUGGCAGGCUCAGCUCCACAGCAGGACUAUGAGAAGCUGAAGGCCCUCGGAGCAGAAAAUGCAAGCAAAACGGGACACUCUUCAUCCAGCAGCAUGGAAAAGAGCAAGGCUGUAAAGAGAGAGACGGACACAAACUCCAUCCACCUGAGUGUCUACGAACCUUUCAAAGUCAGGAAAUCGGAGGACAAACUGAAGGACAGCACCGAGAAGGGGCUGGAAAACAGAGUCCUGGAUGGCAAGCUGAGCUCCGAGAAGAGCGAGCCUGGCCUGGUGGGUGUAGCACCAUCCAAGAACAAGUCAUCCUCCAAGCUGUCCUCAUGCAUCGCUGCCAUUGCUGCCCUGAGCGCCAAAAAGGCGGCGUCAGACUCGAGCAAGGAACCUGCAGCCAAUUCUAGGGAGUCCUCUCCGCUUCCCAAGGAGGCCAGUGACAGCCCCCGGGCUGCCGACAAGUCUCCAGAGACCCAAAGUCUCAUUGACGGGACCAAGAGGGCAAGCCUCAAGCUGCCGGACAGUCCCCGGAGUGUCUCGAGCGAGAACAGCAGCAAAGGGUCCCCGUCCUCUCCUGCGGGCUCCACGCCCGCCAUCCCCAAGGUCCGCAUUAAAACCAUUAAGACAUCCUCUGGGGAGAUCAAGAGGACCGUGACGAGGGUGUUGCCGGAAGUGGAUCUCGACUCUGGGAAGAAGCCUUCCGAGCAGACAGCAUCCGUGAUGGCCUCUGUUACGUCCCUGCUGUCGUCGCCAGCGUCGGCUGCGGUCCUCUCCUCCCCGCCCAGGGCACCUCUGCAGUCGGCAGUGGUCACCAACGCAGUUUCCCCAGCUGAGUUGACGCCCAAACAGGUCACCAUCAAGCCCGUGGCCACCGCGUUCCUCCCCGUGUCUGCUGUAAAGACAGCAGGGUCCCAAGUCAUUAAUCUGAAGCUCGCUAACAACACGACAGUGAAAGCCACGGUCAUAUCUGCGGCCUCUGUCCAGAGUGCCAGCAGUGCCAUCAUCAAAGCUGCCAAUGCCAUCCAGCAGCAAACUGUCGUGGUGCCGGCAUCCAGCCUGGCCAAUGCCAAACUCGUGCCAAAGACUGUGCACCUUGCCAACCUUAACCUUCUGCCUCAGGGUGCCCAGGCCACCUCGGAACUCCGCCAAGUGCUAACCAAACCUCAGCAACAAAUAAAGCAGGCAAUAAUCAAUGCGGCGGCCUCACAGCCACCCAAGAAAGUGUCACGGGUCCAGGUGGUGUCGUCCUUGCAGAGCUCGGUGGUGGAAGCUUUCAACAAGGUGCUGAGCAGUGUCAAUCCAGUCCCAGUUUACAUCCCAAACCUCAGUCCUCCCGCCAAUGCAGGGAUCACGUUACCGACGCGGGGCUACAAGUGCUUGGAGUGCGGUGACUCCUUUGCACUUGAAAAGAGCCUGACCCAGCACUACGACAGGCGUAGCGUGCGUAUCGAAGUGACAUGCAACCACUGUACAAAGAACCUCGUUUUUUACAAUAAGUGUAGCCUCCUGUCCCACGCGCGUGGGCAUAAGGAGAAGGGCGUGGUCAUGCAGUGCUCCCACUUAAUUCUGAAGCCAGUCCCAGCAGAUCAGAUGAUCGCUUCCCCAUCAAGCAAUACUUCAGCCUCCUCCGCCACGGUCCAGAGUGCCACAGCCGCUGGCACGCACACCGUCACAAAAGUCCAGUCUGGCAUCACGGGGACAGUCAUCUCUGCCCCUUCCAGCACCCCCAUCACCCCAGCCAUGCCCCUAGACGAGGACCCCUCCAAACUCUGUAGACAUAGCCUGAAGUGUUUGGAGUGCAACGAGGUCUUCCAGGAUGAGACGUCGCUGGCGACGCACUUCCAGCAGGCUGCAGAUACAAGUGGACAAAAGACUUGCACUGUCUGCCAGAUGCUGCUUCCUAACCAGUGCAGUUAUGCUUCACACCAGAGAAUCCAUCAGCACAAAUCUCCCUACACCUGCCCUGAAUGCGGGGCCAUCUGCAGGUCUGUGCACUUCCAGACGCACGUCACCAAGAACUGCCUGCACUACACGCGAAGAGUUGGUUUCCGAUGUGUGCAUUGCAAUGUUGUGUACUCGGAUGUGGCUGCACUGAAGUCUCACAUUCAAGGCUCUCACUGUGAAGUCUUCUACAAGUGUUCUAUAUGUCCAAUGGCGUUCAAGUCUGCCCCAAGUACACACUCCCACGCUUACACACAGCACCCUGGCAUCAAGAUAGGAGAGCCGAAAAUAAUCUAUAAGUGUUCCAUGUGCGACACUGUGUUCACCCUGCAAACCUUGCUGUAUCGCCACUUUGACCAACACAUUGAGAACCAGAAGGUGUCUGUUUUCAAGUGUCCAGACUGUUCUCUUUUGUAUGCACAGAAGCAGCUUAUGAUGGACCAUAUCAAGUCUAUGCACGGAACUUUGAAAAGCAUCGAAGGACCUCCAAACCUGGGUAUAAACUUGCCUUUCAGCAUCAAGCCUACAACUCCGAAUUCAGCAAAUCAGAGCAAAGACGAUGCCAAAUCCAUGAACGGGAAAGAGAAAUUAGAAAAGAAGUCUCCAUCGCCAGUGAAAAAGUCAGUGGAACCCAAGAAAGUGGCCAACCCUGGGUGGACGUGCUGGGAGUGUGACCGGCUGUUCACACAGAGGGACGUGUACAUUUCCCACGUGAGGAAGGAGCACGGGAAGCAAAUGAAGAAGCACCCAUGCCGCCAGUGCGACAAGUCAUUCAGCUCAUCACACAGCCUCUGCCGCCACAAUCGCAUCAAGCACAAGGGCAUCCGGAAGGUGUACACGUGCUCGCACUGCCCCGACUCCAGGAGGACGUUUACCAAACGGCUCAUGCUGGAGAAGCACAUCCAGCUGAUGCAUGGCAUCAAGGACCCCGACCUGAAGGAAAUGACCGAAGCCACCACUGAGGAGGACAUCGAGGUCAAAGAAGACGCCGAGGUUCCCAGUCCCAAGCGGAAGUUGGAGGAACCCGUUUUGGAGUUCCGGCCUCCCCGGGGAGCCAUCACUCAGCCCCUGAAGAAGCUCAAGAUUAACGUGUUCAAGGUGCACAAGUGCGCCGUGUGCGGCUUCACCACCGAGAACCUGCUGCAGUUCCACGAGCACAUCCCGCAGCACCGCUCCGACGGCUCCUCCUACCAGUGCCGCGAGUGCGGCCUCUGCUACACGUCGCACGUCUCGCUCUCCCGGCACCUGUUCAUCGUGCACAAGCUGAAAGAGCCGCAGCCUGUGGCAAAGCAGAAUGGGGCCGGCGAGGACAACCAGCAGGAGAACAAGCCUGGCCCCGAGGACGAGGCCGCAGAUGGCGCCCUGUCAGACCGCAAGUGCAAGGUGUGUGCAAAAACCUUUGAAACAGAAGCUGCCUUAAACACACACAUGCGGACACACGGCAUGGCCUUCAUCAAAUCCAAAAGAAUGAGCUCUGCGGAGAAAUAGCCCCCGCUGCCCGGGCUAGCGGCACCACGGGAGCCGAAGCCAGGUGGGCCGUGUCUGCUGUCGGCUGCUGCAAUAUCUCCUCCCCCUCGAUCUCUCCUCCCUAGUAUGAAGCCGUGUUUUGCGUUUCACAGAGUUUGUAUAUAUUUAAAGGGUUACCUUUUUAUACUCUUUGUUACAUGUUUGUAUGGUAUCUAGUGGACAGUGUUUUCUUGGUUGUUUUUUUUUGGGGGGGUGGGGUUAGGAUUUUUCUUUCUUUUGUACCGUUUCUUAGUCACAGGGGCAAUUCCCGAUUUCAGCUCUGCCAUUUUUGUAUGUUACCGAUUUGAACGCAUUCACUAACUACAGGCUGACAGAGAUGCCUUUUUUAGUGUUUUUAAUUUUUAGAACUCACUACAUCAACUGUAGGCAAUCGUGGGUCUCCAUUACAAACACUAGGAACUUGGACGUGUCUUAGCACUGUCCUCCGUGACCCGGCUUGCCCUGCCGGAAGAGCGGCCUCGCAGAUGGCCAAGACCUAGGCCAUCCCUCAUGCCAGGGGAGGCAGGAAGUCCCUGAGGCCCGCGGCAUGGGCAGUGGGGGCAAGGCUGGCUUCAAGAGCACAAGGAGAUGUGAGACGGUCUCCCAGUGACCCAGGUGGCCUUGGCCGUAGUCAGGUUUCAUGUCAUUGUAACUUACUAACCAUUACAGAAACACAACUCUCAGAGAAUAUCAAGUAUUCCUCUGGCUCUUGACAUGAAAACAAAUCACAGUUGACUUAACCCUUUGCUGUCCAAAACAGUUGGCAUUUCCUGUUGCGGGUGCUACUGCCAAAUGUUCUGGAACCUCAAGAUGGGAUGCACACUCUCGCCCACCAAUGUAUUAACACAGCAGCCUGCACGUCGCCCUCAGCCAUUAGGUGAAGCACUGAGCCACGCCCCGGGCCUCAGCCCUCCCGGCGCUGUCCCCUGUCCCCGUACACCUCCUGGGCUUGUUCCGUUGGUAGUUUUCCGCUGUACUUUCUGGUUUGGCGGUAAUUUGUGUGUGUGUGUGUGUGUUUUGAGGGGGGUAUUAUGUUUUGUUUUGUUUUGUUUUGUUUCUUUUUUGUUUUGUAUUUUAUAUCUUGGUAUUUAUCCCAGAACACAUUUUGUACUUUUUUGUUUGUUUUUUAAGACUUGUGUGUAAAUAGGUACUUGCAUGAUACACUGUAGCCAACAUCUGGUUCCUCCGAAGGUCUUGCUGCUGUCAGGUGUGCUGCACUAGCCCCAUCUUCACUGUAGUCAACACAUUUCACCUGUAAAUAAACAUGGGACGUUUGG